CCUAUUUUUAGAUACACAAACACCAUUGCAUUACAGUUGCCUACAGUAUUUAGUACAGUAACAUGCUAUACAAGUUUGUAGCCUUGGAGAAAUAGGCCGUACCGUAUAGCCUAGGUCUGUAGGUUUGUGUAAGUACACUCUAUGACAUUCACACAACAAAAUCGCCUAACGGUUCUCAGAACAUGCCCCUGUCAUUAAGCAACGCAUGACUGUGUUGAUGUGAUAGUUGGACUUGAUGGCUUCCCUUCUGCCCCGAUAGCCCAUGACUUGGUGAUUUCUUUCUCCUGACUAGAUACCUCCAUCUGUGUAUCUUACCAGCAACUUAAACUUUGCAGCUCUGAAAUGAAACUGACCUGCUUCUCUACCCAGCUGUGCCACCUGGUUUCCCCUCUCCCCAUCAGUGGCAUCACCAUCCUCCUGGGCACCAUUCCUCACUCCACCAUUCUCAUUCCGCUUGGGCAGUUGUCAGGUUGUUUUGAUUCUGCCUGCAUGCAGAGCUCACAUCGUCUCCAUUCCUGAAGCCACCACUCUCCUUCAAGUCUUUCAUGCCUGUGACAUUAAUACCCCUGGACCAUUACUGCAGCUUCCUAGCGACUGCUCCUACCUCCAGUCUCUGCUCCUGUCAACCCAGCCCACCCACGUCACCAGCCACCCAUAGACCUCCAAAGGGCUUCCCAUUCACUAUGAAAAAGAUCCACACAUCUUGCCAGGCAUGGUGGCUCACACUUGUAAUCCCAACACUUUGAGAGGCUGAAGUGGGAGCAUCACUUGAGUCCAGGAGUUCAAGACCAGCCUGGGCAACAUAGAGACCGCAUGUCUACAAAAAUAUGUAAGCAUGGGUUUCAGGACCCAUCUACACGUCCACAGCCCAACCCCAGCCUUUUUUCCCAGAUUUAUUUCUCCCUUCUUUGCCAAAUUCUAUCUUCUAGCCAAAUUGGACUGUUAGACUUUCCCAGAAGAUGCUUUGUACUUUCUGCCUUGGCACUGUUGUGUUCAUCCGCCUGGAAGGUCUUCCUCACCUCGCCCACCUGUUGCAAUUCUUCCUCACCUUUCCAGGCCUGACUCAAAUGCUGCCCCUGCCAGCAAGCUGCUUUUGCUGUCUUAUCUCACCCUCCUCACCACUGCAAGUAUGCCCGUCUUGUGGCACUACUUUCUGCCAGGCUGCCAGGAACCAUAGUUAGUUCCUUGUGUAUGCCUGUUGGUCUCCAUAUUAGAUUGUAAGCUCCUUAAAGGCAGGGACUGUCUGUUGAUUAUAGUCGAGUAGUUGAAAAAGCAUAAUCAGGCCAGGCAUGGUGACUCACGCUUAUAAUCCCAGCACUUUGGGAGGCUGAGGUGGGCAAAUUGCUUGAGCUCAGGUGUUUGAGACCAGCCUGGGCAACAUGGCAAAACCCCGUCUCUCCAAAAAAUACAAAAAUUAGCCGAGUAUGGUGGCACAAGCCUGUAGUGUGCCACCACUGAGUGUGGUAGCAUGAGCUACUCAGGAGGAUCAUCUGAGCCUGGGAAGUUGAGGCUGCGGUAAGCUGUGAUCAUGCCACCGCACUCCAGCCUGGGCAACAGAGUGAGACCCUGUCUCAAAAAGAAAAGAAAAAGCAUAAUCUUUGAAGUCAUAUAUACCUGCAAUCAAAUCCUAGCCCCUUUGUUUAUUAACUGGGUGGAAACUCUCUUUUUUUCAGUCUGUGUGGCUAUACCAGUAACGUAGGGCUAGUAGUGCCUGUCUGACAGAGUGACUGGGGGAGGGACAUCCUGUAUGUAGAUCGCCCAUUCUGGUGCCUGGCUCAGGAUCAGUGUUCAAUAAAUAGUCCUGAAUGGAUGUGAUAGGUCCUCUCCCCUCCCAGGGGGCAAAUAAAAUAUAAGUUAAUUGCAAUUUGGAUAAUUUCUGGGCUUCUGCCGUGUGCCAGACACUGGCCUUUGUGCUCUGGGGCAUCUAGAGCCAAAUCAAGUUCCUCAGCCCCAGGGAAUCUGGACUCACGGGCACAGUUAAGUCGUGAUCGGUUGUGAGAUGUCACUGGUAAUUAGCAAUUGUGAAUGAGUUUCUAAAAAAUAAAUCCAUGCUAAGUCCAAUUUAUUUCUGUGAUAAUGUCACUCUUACUCCCUUAGAUUCAAAUCUGUUCUCUUGAGUGGGAGAGAGGGGGGCGGGAGCCUGCCCUGCUGUGUGUGGCGAGCAGCUGUUCUCCGGGAGCUAAUAGCUGUGAUGGCUGUGACUUUCCUUAUACUUUGUAUCUUGACAAAACUGUCUGGGAUUUCAUCCAAGUCUGGCUAAGUCCUUGAGGGUGCAUGUGUGAGUCAGUGUCACUUAUCACAUGGUGUCGGACAUGAGGAAAUGUUGAGAAUUGCAGAUCCAGACAACAGGCCUCUCUUCUCUCCCUCCCUCCUCUCCUUCCCUCCACUCCUCCCUCAGUCCCCGGCACAUUAAGUUUUCAUUGGACUGCAGCAAAAUGAGAAAAAAUAAGGACCACGUAAAAACAACUUCGUGUGUUUGACUUUUCUUGAGGAGGGCUGAUCUUUAUUCUGCCAAAUUUUCCUCUUUUGUAGUAGAUGAUGUAUCUUCUAAGGCCCUUUUGCAGCAGAAUUUUAAAAUGGCAGCCCUGCGUCUGCCCACACUUUAAACUGGUCUGGGAGCCUGGCUUCUGCAUCAUUUCCUGACCUCACUACGAGCGUCUUGGACGAAUGCCCAAGUCCUUAGGAUCCUUUUUCCUCCCCUGUCAGCUUUGUUCUUCAUUUGUUUGCUAGAAGGCCAAGGAAGACUGGAGUGCCCGCCUGUGUCCCCGAUGUGGCGGGAAGCAAGAGGCAGGCCUGGACAGAGGCUGGAUGGGUGGAUGCUGAGUAUCGAAGUCAUCUGUGUUACUGGCUUGUGUCCUACUUGCUUGUGCCAAAGGAGAAAGCACAGAAGGUCGAGUCAGAAGAAUGGAUUGGGGUUCCGAUCCUGGUUCUGCCAUUGCUGGCGGUGCACCCUCAGGCCACCCAUAAAACCUCUCUGAGCUCCAGUGACUUGUCUGAGAAUAGGGAGCUGGAUCCUUCCCUCACAGGUGUUAGGAGGAUGAAAUGAGAUGGUAGAUGUGAAGACACACCAUAGCCACACCACUACCACCUCAGCCCCAAGAGGUUUCACAGAAUUUCCUUGUGACUCUUUCCUCCUUCAUUACUACCACAGUGGUUUGCACGUAGUGGGAACUUGGGAGAUAGUGGUUUGUUUGGCUGCACGUUUAGAUGUGUAGCAGGUUGGUCUAUGAAGAAGGAUAUCACAGUUUCCUUCCUACUGCACCAGUAACAGGAGCUGAGUCCUUAGCCCCAAUUUCCAGAUGAGAAAACUGAGGCUGCCGGGUGCGGUGGCCCACGCCUGUAAUCCUAGCGCUUUGGGAGGCUGAGGCAGGUGGAUCACCUGAGGUCAGGAGUUCGAGACCAGCCUGGCCAACAUGGUGAAACCCCAUCUCUACUAAAAAUACAAAAAUUAGCCGGGCGUGGUGGCGCAUACCUGUAAUCCCAGCUACUUGGGAGGCUGAGUCAGAAGAAUUGCUUGAACCCGGGAGGUGGAGGUUGCAGUGAACCGAGAUCGCGUCACUACACUCCAGCCUGUGCAACAAGAGCAAAACACUGUCUCAAAAAAAAAAAAAAAAAGAAAAGAAAAGAAAACUGAGGCUUAGGGAGGUAAGCCCUUGUCUGAAACAGAACCAAGAUGUGAAUUCAGAUCCGACGGUGGAGUCUGUACUCAGAACCACCAUGACAUGCUCCAGGAUGAUAGGAGCUGUCCCAGUGGGCAGUUGAUGUAUGCUUGUGAGUGCCUCCUGUGUGCCCAUGAGGAGGCGUAUGAACAAGGGGUUAGGAGUACCCACGCCGACAGCCGGGCCUGGAUUCACACCCUAGCUGUGUCGCUAACGAGCUGAGUGACCUCAGGCCAGCGACUGACCAGCUUCAUGCCUCUGUCCCUACAGAACCGAACUCCUGGGGUUGUUGCGAUGACAAGCACCCCCCGGGGAAAGACAUUUUCUGCUCCCACCGAGUUGGCAGGGCCUGCUUCCUGAAUCUCCUGGGUGUGUCUUAACUGCCAGUCCCAGCACCUCCUGAGAGCCCCACUCUCCUCCAGUGGUCACAGUGGAAGGAUCAUGGGAGAAACAGAAGGGAAGAAAGAUGAGGCUGAUUAUAAGCGACUGCAGACCUUCCCUCUGGUCAGGCACUCGGACAUGCCAGAGGAGAUGCGCGUGGAGACCAUGGAGCUAUGUGUCACAGCCUGUGAGAAAUUCUCCAACAACAACGAGAGUGCCGCCAAGAUGAUCAAAGAGACAAUGGACAAGAAGUUCGGCUCCUCCUGGCACGUGGUGAUCGGCGAGGGCUUUGGGUUUGAGAUCACCCACGAGGUGAAGAACCUCCUCUACCUGUACUUCGGGGGCACCCUGGCUGUGUGCGUCUGGAAGUGCUCCUGACACUCUGUCCCCUGCCCCGUCCCCUGCAGGGCCUUUUUCUGCCACUCAUCUGGGGUGGGGAGCAGCCCUAGGCAGGUCCUGGUUUUUCCAAGGAGAGUUGGGGUCUUUUCUUUUUGUCUUUGUGUACCAGUUUCCUGAGCCAUGCCCAGUGUGUGAACUUGACAUCUCCAUCCCCAGGCUCUCAACCGUCUCCCUCGGAGUCUCAGGGUGUGGACGGGGCAGCAGGCAUGGGUCUGUGUGGGAGACGUGGGGUGGGGCGGUGUGACAGGGUAGAGGAGGUGGGAGAUGAGAUCUUCCGCACAGGAACACGCCAGUCCCCCUUUCUCCAGGGCUGCCUUCCCCUUGCAUCCUGGGAGCCCCACUGCCCUGCCAUCCCCAGUACUGCCGGGAAGUGUCGGCCAUCCUUGUCAUUAGUGGUCAUAUGAAAAUGGCCCCAAGAAGGAGAUGAUUCUUUCAAGGGACACAGGCAGCUUCUCUCCUUGUCCUCUGGGGAGGUGCUGACCCCUCAGAAACCCCUUCCCCCAACUUGACCCCAGGCUGAACAGACCACUGCAUCUUACUGGGCCAGCAGCUCCCCCAGCCCCCAGCCUUGGUAGGGACCAAGCAGCCUUUCCCGUCCCCUCCUCGACCUGUACAGUUGAGAGCCAGGGGCUGGUGUGUGGGAGCUGCUACCUGGCAGUUUCUCGAGGGGUCACCGAGCCUCUGGUGGGACACCUGGGCAGGAGUGCUCUCACCACGAGGCUGCUUCCGCAGGGAACCCUGGCCUGCCCGCGACUUCGCAUCAGGGACCGCAUGCUGAUUUGUACUGCUCUCUGCUGGGUUUUCUAUGUUCUUUUUGAGUGUGGGAGAAGGGUUUUAGUAGAAGGGUGAAUCGUAUUUUACACAGCAGUCUUAUUUAUAUAAAUGUCUUGGUUUUUACAAUUAAAAUUACCAAAAACUGA